CACAUUUAUAAUAGAGUUAAUUAGCCAAAUAUGAGUACCGCUGGUUGUUCUUCCGCAUGCAAGGUUACUGGUAAGUCAUCGUGGCCGGAGCUAAUGGGAACCAAUGUGGCUAAAGCAGUGAGUGUAAUUCAGACAGAGAACCCAAGUGUUCAUGUUAAGGUGUUGAACAUGUCUAAGUCAAUUCCAUUGCCAGUGGAUUGUGCUCGUGUCAUUGUCUUUGUUGAUGACACCAACAAGGUUGCUCUCCCACCUGUUAUUUGUUGAACAACAUUAGUCUCAUGCUUAAAUUCCAUUGAGUAUCUAUUUCAAUUUAUGUCUCUUUAAUUCCAUAUAUGUUUUGCAAAUUCUAUCCUUAACUCAAUGGAGUUUUAUUAUCAAUAAAGUUGUUUUCA